UUGACAUGCACCAGUGCGUGCGUGGUACGUGCACGGUGCAUCGGUUUCAAUUUCUGCACAUUAAUAUGAACAAGACGAGAAAGCACGGAUAAGCGUUCACAUCGUUGGAAUAAAGAGACUCGGACAAAAUGUCAGAUUCAGACUCUGAUUCUGACUACAGUUACCGUGAACAAAUGAAACAUGUGGGUCUUACUCUUAAAGGUGCUCACAAGGAAACAGUGAUCACUAUAAAACCAUCAGAGGAAGAUUAUGAUCGAUGGACCAGUAUCCCUGUUGAUGUGAAAAAUGAAGGUGCACAGCUGUUGAAACUUUGUGCUUUCUGGCUUCCCAUUCUGCUGCGGCACAAUGACAUCAGCACUACAACUUGCUGGGCUGCAGAAAUAGGUCUAAUUGACUCAGAAAACAGGGAAAAUCUAACUAUGAAGCACAUACACAGGAUAGAAACAUUGGAAGCGAUCCUCAGAGCUUUGGAGAAAGGAAGUUUGAGAAAGGAUCAAACUAAGCAUGUUAUCUUGAUAAGCAACAAGUUUAACUUGCAUUGCACAGAGGCUCUGAACGAUGCUUUAUGUUGGUUGGAGCGAACAGGAGACAUUUCUAUCCGCAGCCGCAUCCGGGAGUUCGGCCAUCAAAACACCUGCUUCACAGCCCUACGCCUCAUCUUCACAGAGUUUGCUCAUUAUAUUCAGGAAAUGGGUAGAGAUAUGAUGAGGACCAUGAUGACACUGAGAGCUCAAACAAAUGACGGUCACAUAGUGAGAAGUGAAGAAAUGAAGAAGAAAGGAAAUGAGAGCUUUCAGAAAAGUCAGUAUGAAGAAGCUGUGAAGUUUUAUUCCAAAGCCAUCGAACAUUACCCUGACAACCACAUAUUGUAUGGAAACAGAGCCCUAUGCUAUAUCAGAAGUAAGAAAUAUCUGAAAGCGGUUGGUGAUGGAAAACGUGCUACUCUGAUAAAGCCAGCCUGGGCAAAGGGUCACUACCGAUACUGUGAAGCUUUGUUCUCCUUGGGACAUUACAAAAUGGCGAUCGAAGCCAACAAUUCAGCCCAGAAUCUGUGUAAAGAUGAUCAAGAGGGAAUCAAAGACCUGGAACAGCAACACCAGAAAUUUAUCACUGAAAUGCCAGAGUCCUACGUGAAAAAAGAAAGGACCCCACAGGCAGUGGGCAGCGCUAAAGGCAGCACUUUAGGCAGCAUUAAAGACUCUAAACCAUCAAAGAGUGAGUCUUUUCCAAAGAAUGGAAAAGGAGACUCAAACCCUGCAAAGAAGAAAUCAAAGAGCAGAAAUGGUCCGUCUGAAAAUGAGAACGUGGCUGAUACUAAAUCAGAUUUGUGUAGAGAGUUGAAACCUAUGGUGCAGGACGCCCAUACCGACCUGACCGACCUCAACAGCCGGAACGCUGAGCAGGCCUUCAGCCGGGCACUGGCCUUAGUGGAUACCAGUAUAUCCAAGCUGAACAUGGAGGAUCCUUGCAUCAUUUGUCACAAAGACAUGAGUCCAGAUGAUAUCUGCAUGCUGGAGUGCGGACACAGCUUCCACAAGGAGUGUAUAAAGUCGUGGCUGAAGGAGCAGAGCACCUGUCCCACCUGCCGAGAUCACGCCUUGCUGCCUGAUGAUUUCCCGGUGCUGCCCGGCGGGAGACACCAAGCACCAUAAUGUCUUAACCAUGUUCUCCUCCUCAUCCCUCACUACCCAUGUCUGAUUUUAUCUUUUAUCAUUUAUUUUUCCAUUUAUUUCAUUAAACUGUAAAAAUGUGUUGACUUGAGGUUUUGUAUCAUCAGUUUAGGGAGGCUCCAUUCCAUUUCACACUGCAAGGAAAUAGAAAUGUCUUGUGUUGGAUGCUCAUCUGUCACAUCUCAGAUUAAAGGUUAGAAAUUUCUGAAGGCCAACCAGGGUUUCUGCCAGUGUAUUGUAAACUUGGCGGCCCCCCGGACCUAAACAUCAGGGAUUUCUUUUCUUUUUGUUUAUAAAUGUAUUUUCAAAAUGUUUUUUAGCUGGACUGCAACAGCGGGGCGGUUACAUUAUUGGUCUGUCAAAUGCUGCGUGACUGAGUGAUGAAGUUAUACCAUUAGUCGGCCAAAUGCCGCCACUUCGUGUAUCAGUUUCAAAUUAUAAGUCCUCUAGCGUUUCAUUCAUGCAGCUUGGUUGGAAACAUACAUGUAAUAGUUGGAAAGCUCUUUUGUUCCAGCAAUUCAGGCCUUUGUUACAGCAUUCCAAGACUGUACAUUGUCACAUUCUUCGUUAGACUGCAAUAGUUAUUUAUUUUUUUAAAAUGUGUGUUGAAUAAAUUACUUAUUCAUAACAACACAUUACGUAGUCAUAUUUUCAGGUCUCCAGUCAGCUUUUAGCAUUGACUUGUAGGUAUGGAUGUAGGUAGGGCCCUGUUGAAUCUGCACUGUUAUCCACAAUUCAGUCUGUGAUUCUGUUAUAUCAGAAACUAGAGGGCCCUACCUUAAUGUUGCCGUCAAAUGAUGCUUGCCACCGGGCCUAACAACUUUUCUGGGGGAAACCCUGCCAACGCUGCACUUCUUUACUGCCAUGAAGUGCGGUGAUUUCUUGUUUACACGGCUACAUACAGGCUACACAACACAACGCUCAUUGAAUAACA